AUGUUUUCGCUGGAGGAAAUGCUGGACAGCCUCCGGCAAAGAGACGAGAACGAGAAACCAAAGGACUUGCCACCGGAUUUGCCGUCUCGGCCUCGGCCGACCGCGAGGGCUCGUCUGCCCACAUCGAAGAGGUCAUUGCCCAAGAACUUUGCAAUUGGAGAUGCGGAGUCACCGGAGAGCUCAGCAGUUUGUAGUAGUAAAAAGGAAGAGGUUAAGAGAUCAAGAGUUGGUAGUUUUGGGGCCAAAAAGUUUAAGGAUCCCAGUGAAUCACCAUAUGUCAUGACGUCGGAAGAGAAAGAAUGUGGUCAGAAGUUGGAGGAGAAAGAUGAUGUGACUUCUGCGGGGGCGAAUUCCGAUUCUCUGCCGAGGUUUCGGAAGUCUGAGGUGGACGACAACAUUGGUUAUUUUAUUAAGAAGGUAAAAUUAUGA